UUGGACUUAUGGAGUUAGAGUUAUUUAACUUAUUAGUAAAGAAGAAUAUUAGGCAACAUAUUUCUUUUCUCUUGUUGGUUAUGGGUAAUAUUGAAUUUCUUAGAUUGGAGAAUGAGAAAAUGUAUGCUCAUUUAUUUAUUUGCUAGCAAAAAUGUGACCAAUUAGAAGGCUCUAAGAAAUGUCAAAUGACCCAGUUUUCAUUUCUAAAUACUAAAAAGUAAUAAUAAAUGUGCAUUUCUUGUAUGGUUUCUUGGCGUAUUGGCUAGCUGCAGUUUAUGUUUCUCAUAAGCUUCAACUCCUCGUUGCAGCUUGAUAAUAUUCCUUUAUGGGUAAUAAUUCUGAUGAUGAUGAUUCAUUCACCAAGCCUCUGGGAAGAUGGUCGGUCUUCUAUUAUGGCGUGGGGCACAUGCUCAACGACAUUACCGCUUCUUGUUGGUUUACGUAUCUAUUGAUUUUCUUGACUGAUAUUGGACUCUCCCCACGGGAUGCUGCUACUGUCAUGCUUUCCGGUCAAAUAGCUGAUGGAUUUGCAACCAUAUUUACUGGUGAAUUGAUAGACAGGUUUGGACAUUUCAAAGUAUGGCACGGUGCGGGAUCCAUUUUGGUUGCUAUUUCUUUUUCUUCUGUCUUUGGCGGUUGCUUACCUUGCACACUUUUUGGUACCUCUUCUUCAACAAUGGAAACUAUUAGUUAUAGCACAUUUGCGGCAAUCUUCAAUGUCGGUUGGGCUGCUACCCAGGUUUCACAUAUGUCCAUGGUCAAUUGUAUCACGCUGAAUUCGACAAGCAGAGUGGUGUUGGCUAGUUGUCGCAAUGCUUUUACAAUGGUCGCCAAUCUCAGCCUGUAUGCGGUCGCUUUAGUAGUCUUCAAUGUCACUACUGCUAAAACACAUAAUAAUAUCGAAAAUCAGUAUCGCUGGAUUGCUUAUGUGUCCAUUUUCAUUGGAUGCUGCUUUGUGGGUGUAUUUCAUCUUGGAACCCGAGAGCCAAGAUUAAAGAUAGGCGUGCAAGGAAGCAGCCAUGCAAGAAUUUCGUGGUCCUAUUGGUUCAAGAGAGCUUUAUAUUAUCAAGUUGCUCUUGUUUAUAUGCUCACCAGACUGGUAGUCAAUGUUUCACAGGCGUAUCUAGCAUUCUAUGUUAUUAAUGAUCUGCGGAUGGCCCAAUCAGCCAAAGCUUUGGUUCCUGCUAUCAUCUACAUUAGUAGCUUCAUUAUAUCCGUCACUCUACAGGAGGUUUCAUGGACCGGUCCUCGUCUGAAGGGGUAUUUUUCUGCUGGAGGCAUGGUCUGGGUUUUCUGUGGUGUAGUGAUCCUCAUUUUGCCUAAAAGCAUGAGUGGUUUCAUGUACAUUCUCUCAAUAUUUAUUGGCGUUGCUAAUGCUUUAAUGAUGGUAACUGGAGUAAGCAUGCAAAGCGUUCUUAUCGAUACCGAUCUCAAUGGCUGUGCAUUUGUUUGUGGGUCAUUGAGCUUCUUGGACAAGAUCUCUUGUGGAGUAGCUUUAUUUAUCCUUCAGUCGUAUCAAAACAUCGAAAGAGAUGUUUCUUCAUCCAUGGAGGCAGCCAAUUCAAAGCCUUACCACAUUUCUAUUACAAGAUUUGGUUUGGGUGUGGUUCCCGCAAUUUGUUCACUUGUGGCUGUGGCAGUAACAUAUACAAUGAAACUUAACCAUCCUCUCUCGAAACCACUAGUGCAGCCACUCUUGGAAUAAUGUCCAUGAACAACAAACUUUUGAUUCAAGAAACCUGUAGAUCUGACCUUCCAAGGAAUUUACACGGAGACGGACCCUAAUGACUCAACUUCGAUCGAGCAAGCAGGCAAAGCCGAAGCAUGUUCGACUAGGAUCAGGUUAACAAACGCAACAAAGUCUCAAACAUUUACACUCCGAUUCUUUAUUCAGUAAUUUUAUCACGUCUACAGACUCUUUCCUGUUAUUACUGUUCUACAGUUAAUGUUGUGUUGUGUAUAUAUUUGGGAGGGGGUUAAUUUUAGUUACCUAGACAGAUGGUCCAUCACAAUUCUGAAGUGGGUGGAUUACAUCUUAUUUCAGUGAUAAGUCAAUUGUUAAACAUCUUAUCCCAACUGAUUUUAUUAAAUCUCUAUUAUUAUUUUAUUAUUA